CUCAUCAAAUAUGACCCCAGAUCAAAACAAAAAUAAAUGAGUGAUUUCAUUUUUCCCCCCCUACAGUUUAAGUAGAAAAUAGAAAAUAGUUUUACAUGUUUACCCCUCAACCGACAUAAAUGAUAAAUAUAUAGAAUAAAAUGCAAUGCAGCUCUGCACAAAGCAUUGCAAGCUAAUCUUGCUACCAGGAGGUUUCCACUCAACCCCAUCGACAGCUCAUGCGUCAAGCAAUAGAAAACCUCUUCAUGGCCCAGGUGACAAAUAUCUUCUAUAUUUCUAUCUGGUGCUCGUUGCCCUUUCAAUGCGUCCCUGGGCAACCUGGUACCUGCCUGCACCUGUUUCGGAAGUCACUCUUGCUGACUGGGGUGGCGCAGCUUAAUUCGCUUAUUCCUCGGGCCGGCUCUGGACAGGAGCAGCGUGAUAACUUCAUUAUGAGCAAGCCUUGCAUCCUGACGGAUAUCGGCUGUGGUGUAGGUGCCUCUUAUGUGGACUUUUGUCCCUUCUCAAGGAGUCCAAACAGUAAUGCACUGAUCAACGCUGGCAUCAUUAUAGUCGGUAUUAUUAAGAGGAGGUGGUGUUGGUGGAAGGGUGGGGGGGUGAUGGUGGCGGUGCAAAAAAAAAAAAUCAAUACAGGAUACCUUUUGCAGCGGUAGUGAAAACGAGAGAGAGGUGGGAAAGGAGGGGCGGUGGUGGGAGGCGGGAGGAGGAAGGGGUUGAGGGAGGGAGGAGGGGAGGUGCGGAGGUUGGGGGUGGUGAUGUGUGAGUAGUAGCGGCUCCUCUCUCGCCUCAAUGUUGCGGCCAGCCUGGUGGCAGAUCGCUACAAUCCUGGAGGGGAGCCGGGUCGAGUGAGCUAUCUGGGGGUUCCCAAAUUAUAACGGGAGGGGGACUAAAAAAAAAGAGAGACAGGCAAAAAUCAAAAAAGAGAGAAAGAAAGAUAAAAAAAACAAACAAAAAAAAACAAAAAACAAAGACACACAGGCGGAUGGACGGAGAUAUAGGCAAGUGUUCCGAUAAGACGCGGCACCAUGGUCGGAUUCUAGAAUAGCAACGCCGUCUUGUGUUUUUAUUUAUUUAUUUUUGGUUCCUUUUCUGUUCGUGGGGAUUUCCGUUUUUACUAUUUAUUUAUUUAGAUGUUUAUUUAUUUAUCUAUCGAUUGAUUGCGUUUUAAUUACUGCCUUGUGACAGAGAGCGAAGGAGGAGGAGCGUCAGUGCCAUGCGCGCUCGCUGCUGUGUUCUCUGACUCUUGUUUGUUUGUGCCCCCUUUUAUUUACCAUUUGUUUAUACCUAUUUAUUAUUAGAUUUAGGAAAGAAAGAAAGAAAACGCUUAAACCGAGCGGUGUUGAAUGCGCGAUCCGGCGCGUUUGCGCGUAUUGGAUGAAUGUAGACGACUAAGGAGCAGCUAAAGACCAAAUAUAUCUACAAUAGCCCCUCAAAAUGCAUACAUCUUAACAACUCUGCGUGUCUUUUCUUGUCCUGUCUUUGUGUUAUCUCCGAUGGUGUUGUUCUAAGCUGCAAAAGCGAAUACCAAAGCGGCGACGCCACAGGAAUAGGCUCAGCGACUGUUCUCAUGCCUUCUUCACACCUACAGGAACCGCUGAGGAGUGAGAGGGUAAAAUAAGCUCCGGGGGCCUCUAUGUUUACUCAAGGAGAAAGCUUUAACAGAGCAAAGGUAGUAGAAGGAAGGCGCAGGUGCGUCAGCUUUUAUUCUCAGCUUUAAUUCUAAGGGAACUUUUCACGUAGCUGCAGAAGUCGAGCUCCUCUCUUCCCCGUCUGCGUGUUAGUUACUCAAGGGACCACCCUACGUCUAUAUAAAUAUAUAUCUAUAUAUAAAUGCUCUAUGCACAUUUAGGCUACACCAAAACUCUAAUGCAUCACACGUGUACAUAAAAAAAAAAAGUGCGCAGCCGAGGCUACAUGUGCACACAUCUAACUGCGAAUGUUGUGAGCUCUACAAACCAAAUAUUCCCCCAAAGCUGUCUGCCAGAGAAGAGCCAGAAGCAUCAGAGGAGGACAGACCUUGUCACCCAGCUUGUGUCAGAUUAUUUGCAUCCAAACGAGAAGCAGGAGGAAGAAGAAGAUCAUGUUUGUUCCCUUGCCGGUGCCGUUCGUCUUUCAGAGAACUGCCCCUGACCUCAGCGCCUGGCGUCUCAAGUCCCCUCUGGCUCUCCGCUCCAACUCCGAUAUCAGGAUGUCGAAGCCAGCAGAGGUUGAGAAAGUCGGGGCUGACUCACCGUUAGAAGGCACAGAGUCAGAGCGGAAUGGACCUGAAUCAAAUCACCAGGUUCAUGCGAUGAAAGUCAGCCCCUUUCCUCUGUCACCGAACCUGAACAGCAGCAAGAAUAAGAUGGACGAGUGCCCAGAAAUGUCUCCAGGCCUUCCUCCCUCUCAUGGCCCGACUCCUUCCCAGACAGCCCUGCAGCACACUCAGCUCAUGCUGACUGGCUCGCAGCUAGCAGGGCUGACAGCUUUAUUGCCAGCGCAGCAACAGCUGCUGCUGCAGCAGGCUCAGGCACAGCUCCUGGCUGCCGCCGUGCAGCAGUCCAAUGCAGCCCAUGCAGCUCAUGCUGCCCAUGCCGCCGCUCAAGCCAAUCAGCAAGCUCAGGCAGCUGCAGCAGCAAAUCAGCAAGCCCAGCAGCAGCAGCAGCAACAGCAGCAACAGCAGCAGCAGCAGCAGCAACACACAGGACAGGCAGGGCAGCAGGCUCAGUCCCAGGGACAGGGACAGAGCACACAGGAGCAAAACACCCAAAGUGUCCCUGUCCCGCCUCCUCCGCCUCAGCUCACUCUCUCCCAGCCUAUCCAGCUCACAGCCCAGGACAUUCAGCAGCUGCUGCAGCUUCAGCAGCUGGUGUUGGUGCCCGGUCACCCGCUUCCGUCUCCAGCCCAGUUUCUCCUCCCGCAGGCGCAGCAGAGCCAGCAAGGACUCCUAUCGACACCAAAUCUUAUUCCGCUACCUCAGCAAAACCAAGGGAGCCUCCUGUCUGCUCCAACUAGAAUGGGACUCCAGUCGCAGGUGCAGCGAGAUAAGAGCAUAGACGUGGGCGGAGGAGGAGGCAUGACUACGGUGUCCUCCAUGACCUCUCACCCCGAGGAGCCCAGCGACUUGGAGGAGCUGGAACAGUUUGCCCGCACCUUCAAGCAGAGACGCAUCAAGCUGGGCUUCACGCAGGGAGACGUCGGCCUGGCCAUGGGCAAGCUGUACGGCAACGACUUCAGCCAGACCACCAUCUCUCGCUUCGAGGCGCUCAACCUGAGCUUUAAGAACAUGUGCAAGCUGAAGCCACUGCUGGAAAAGUGGCUCAACGAUGCAGAGACCAUGUCCAUAGACAGCACCCUGCCCAGUCCCAGCUCCCUGUCCUCGCCGUCUCUGGGCUUCGAUGGCGUUCCUGGUCGCAGGAGAAAGAAGAGAACCAGCAUUGAGACGAACGUACGUGUCGCCCUGGAGCGUUCAUUCCUGACGAACCAGAAGCCUACCUCGGAGGAGAUCCUGCUGAUUGCGGAGCAGCUGAACAUGGAGAAGGAGGUGAUCCGGGUUUGGUUCUGCAACCGCCGGCAGAAAGAGAAGCGCAUCAACCCAACCAGUGCCACCCCUCCGCUGCCCAGCCAGCCCCCCACUGCCCCACAAACGCACAAGCCACCCUGCUACAGCCCUCAUAUGAUGUCCAGCCAGCUGUCGCAGGCCGUGACCAGUCUCAGCAGCACAACGGUGACCACCAUGUCCUCCAUUUGCCCCCUGACCUCCAGCCUCACUUCCACCCACCCCUCUCUCACCUCAGCCCACCCCCCUCUGAGCUCCACACCCUCCCCAGCGACUCCUCCACCUCCUCCCCGCAGCACAGCCAGCCCUGCCACUCCCAGCCACAGUACACUCAACCUAAACACAGGCUUGUGGCGUAUGGGUAAAAAGAACGGUGAAAUGUCCAACUACAUCACUGACUUUGCUGCAAACUUGAGGAACACUGUGAUGGGAGUUAACACGGGGAUGAACCAAGCGCUCCUCGGUAACAAUCCCCUGGCCACCAUCCAAGCCCUAGCAGCCAGUGGUGGCCAGCUGCCUCUUUCCACUCUUGAGGGCGGCAGCAAGGUGAUGCUCGGGUCGUCUGGGGGUCAAGGAGGCGGGCUUCCCUCCUCCCUCUUCCUCAACCACCCGACCCUCCUCCACAUGGGUCAGAGCCCCGGCGCUGGACUGGUCAGCGCCGCCAUAGCCAAAGUCUCCCAGCCCUCACACUUCCCCUCGGCCAGCAGCAUCAGCCCCACACCCUGCUCCCCCUCCCCCUGCUCCAGCCCUGCCUCCUCCUGCUCCUCCAGCGAAAUGGCACACAGCCCGUCCUCCCUGGGGGGGCCCAAGAUUGAGUGACCACACCCGGGGGUCAAUCAGAGAGGAGCAGAAAGGGUUAAACAAGAACCUCGCCUUUCACACCAAAGCUAUCUCUUUCUCUCUCUUGUGCUCUUCUUCCGUUUUUGUUUUUGUUUUUGUUUUGUUUUUCCCGGCGUCUCUCUCCGUCUUUCUCUCCAAGUCUUUCGAUGCCAAAAAUACACAGAAUGAAAGAGGAGAGAAGGAGGGAAAGAAGUAAGGGAAGGGAAAAGGAGGAGAAAGAUUGAAACCAAAAAUCUUUAUGUAUCCAGACGGACGAAACGGAGACAGCACUGGACAUUUUUCUCUAAAACGUGCGACGUGGCACGUCUCUCUGAGGGAAAACAAACCAAUGACUCUGCAACAAAGAGGUGGAAGAGACGGCACGUCCGAGUGCAUAAACCAAAAAUGACAAAAAGAUAACUUUGACUAUAUGACAAGAAGGAAUGGCAGCGCGGAUAAAAAGAAACAAAGAGGAGAACUAUCCUUUUUUUAAAAAAAAUAAAAAGUCAUUUUCCAAAAAGCUGCGGGUCUGAAAGAAGAAGAGGCGAUGCGAGGAGGAUACGUUUAAACCAAAAAUUUUACCUGAGGAGGAGGUGGAGGAAUACACAAUGAGACAAAAAAAAAAAA